AUGGUGUUGAAGAAAAGGUUGGAUUAUGGAUUCAAUGGCUAUGAAAUCCCUGUUGUCCCUAGGGCUCCUCGAUCAGUUAGAAGGAGGGGUCCUUUCAAAAAAUCGGUGGACGAUCAGCAAAUUUGUGCAUUUGAGUUGCUGGCAGCUGUAGCUGGGAAAUUAUUGCAGGAGAGCGAAAGCUCUGCUUCUAGUAAUGCAACAGAGACCAAGGUGCAAUCUGAUCUUAAUGUAGAUGGAAUCAAGCAUGAACGAAUUGAAGAAGCUAAGGCAUUCCGAUCAGAGUGCCUGGACCAGGGAAGCUGUGUAGAGAGUGCUUUUGCGCCAGAUUUUGAGGCAGGAGGUCACAGCUUAAAGUCACCUUUGAAGGAUCAUCCGCACUCGGAAAGUGAUUCUCUUUUAGAGCGCAUCUCCAUUGUCACAAGUUCAGAUCUUUCAAAGAAAGUUGAUUGUGAUCUGAAACUGGGAAUAGGCAAUGACAUAGAUAUUGAUUGCAAUAUUCCCCAUAGCAAAGACCGAGUCUCUCAUACAUUUGAAGAUAUAUCUACUGGUAAACUAGAGAGUGGAAUGGAAAGACAAGUAGGAAAUCAAAUGAAGCAGAUCGGAGACCUAACUAUGGCUAACAGUGCAAGUGUAAAGAAUCAAAUGGAGAAGUGUAUGAAUAGUAAACCACUGAUUAACUCAGACAGUAGUGUACAGUUGUCCUUGUACAGGGACCCUGUUCCUAGCGCUUGUUAUCCCAAGCAUAGGAACCAUGUAAAUGUAGGAAUUAGAGAUGAUGACGAAAAUUCUAUUCGGUGCAAUAAAAUUAGCACCAAGAUCAGGGCCUUCAGGCCGCAGGCUCGCAACAACUACCGAAGGAUUAGGAAGAUGUUGACUUCGAAAUACUGGAAAUCUGUUCCUAGAUUGAGAGACUAUGAAGUUUCAAACACCAGUGAGGGUAUGAGGUCUUUCUACAGAAACAGAAAAAUCAUGCAUGCAAGGGAGAGAAAUCUUCAUGAAUCACCUUCUAAACGAAGGAAAUUGUGUGAUCGAAGCUUUGUUGUUGCGUAUGAUGAUGAAGCUAGUAGCGAAAGUAUUUCUAAUUCGCCUGAGAAGGGAGACUAUAGUAGAUCAGAUGCCUUCCUACAUAGAGCAAAUGGGGCAUCCUCUCCUGUCAAAGUUAAUCAAAAGUCAAAGAAUUCAAGUGUGAAGUUCAGCAUAAAGUCCUUCAAAGUGCCAGAGCUCUACAUUGAGGUUCCUGAAACUGCUACUGUUGGUUCGCUGAAGAGGACAGUAAUGGAAACAGUGACAGCAAUACUAGGUGGAGGAUUGCGGGUAGGAGUUGUUCUUCAAGGAAAGAAAGUCAGAGAUGACAAUAGAACCCUACAGCAGGCUGGUAUUUCCCACGGUGGCAAUCUUGACUCUUUGGGAUUUGUAUUGGAGCCCAGCUUUACUGAAGUAAAUGAACCUCCUAAGGAUUCUCUGCAGCCAUUACCCCGUGAAGCUGAACAGAAAUUACAGGGGACUACAGCCACUCCUAUCAUUGAUUCAGGACCUUCAAGUGCUACAUUUGACUCUCUUCCGCCUAUUAAGACAAACAAGCAGCAUGAAUCAAACUCAGAAGUCUUGGUGUCCCCUAGGACCCCUACGAACACAAUAACAGACGAGGCAGCAGCAGACUCUAAGGCUUUGGUUCCCCACCCCAUGAUGAAUGCUGAGGCACUAGCAUUGGUUCCGAUGAACCCAAAAAUCAAACGCUCGGAAGCUUCACAGCGCAGGACUAGGAGGCCCUUUUCUGUCGGUGAAGUGGAAGCCCUGGUCGAAGCAGUUGAGAUACUUGGAACUGGAAGGUGGCGUGAUGUUAAAAUGCGUGCCUUUGACAAUGCUGAUCAUCGCACCUAUGUGGACUUGAAGGAUAAGUGGAAAACAUUGGUCCACACAGCAAGUAUAUCUCCGCAGCAAAGAAGGGGAGAGCCCGUGCCUCAGGAGCUCCUGGACCGAGUACUAUCUGCGCACUCGUAUUGGUCUCAACAUCAGUCUAAGCAGCACGGGAAGCCUCAGCUUGAGCCCCUGCAAACUGUGGAUGCUCAAGCAGAAAAGAUUGAAGUUUGA